AUGGAAGAGAAUCCAACGGAAGAGCAUUUUCUUCAAAAUCACCGAACUUAUGAGUGCUCGAAGAGAGACGCGACUGACCGAACAUUCUAUCGACCAGACCACCUGCGACAGCACAUUAGAAACUUUCAUGGAGCCACUCUGUGUGACAUUGUGCAAGCCCGCUGGAAAACAACUGCUACUGUCACAGAAAUACAGACGCUAAAGGUCGCACAUGAACAACGGGCGUUCACAGUCGCAGAGCAAGAGACGUUCAAAGUCUAUAAGAAAGGGAGGAUCUAUGGCCACCGUCUGGAGACCUGGGACAAGCGAGAGUCCUCCGAGCCUGACUCCAUUGCUGCGCAGUGUGCUAAAGUCGUGCAAGGCUUGGACACAUUGAUAACCCGGAUUACCAUUGGGCAACUCACUUUCUCCGAAAUCAACCAGACUGGGAUGCUUGACGAGAAGGACCGUUUUCUAAUCUGGGCUGUGAAUAUUGGCGCUAUGCAUGGCGCCCAGUCACCUGCAUCGUUGGAACAGCGACUAUCGGAGGCCCCGCAAAUUCGAGAACACAUUGUCCGUAUCCUGAAGAGGCUUGAAGAUUCUAUUGUAAAAGCAACAUCAAUUGUGGCAGGCUCAAUUCCAAAUAGAACGUACUCGCUAGAAGAAGGUCAGGAUGUAGAAGGUAUUGAAGCCUUAGAGAUCUCAGACGAUGACUUGUCAUCCGUGACCGACACUGACUCCAUCUCGGAUCGACAUGAGCAUCCAAUAUCCGAAGUCGCUGAACUUCGGAGAGCGAUCAAAGAUACCAUAACAAAUCUCUUUCGUAUGUCGGUGGUCAUCAGGAAUCCCACGCCGAGAGGUAGAUAUAAAUCCUCCAGAAACCAGGAGCCCAUCGAUCCCGCUUUCGAUAUCACUCAUGUGCGAGACAAAUUCCCUACAUUAAGUGAUAAUUACGAUGAUCUCUUAAUUAGGCACUUGGGAAAAGCCAAUACUCGGAGGCGCGAAUACUUCCGAUACCGUCGCGAACAUCAUCUGAAAUUACUCCAUGACCAGGCCCAACCAAUGCCCGAAUCUAGCGAAGGGAACAUUGCAGAACCCAAUGAGCUUGCUUCAAGCUUUAAGGCUACCACAUUCAAGGGCCCAGAUACUAUGGAACUCCCAGACGAGCUAGAAGAUCGCGACUUCGAUGUCGGAUCCAUAACGUCCUUUGCCACGACUGCACCUGGUGGCUCUGGAAACUUCCGACGUAUACCUGACCCACCAAAGAGGGGAAUUGAAACCGAUUUUCACUAUGGAUCGUAUUUCGAAUGCCCAUAUUGCUACACGAUUCAAAAUGUAGCGAAUCGCCGCGAAUGGAACCCCUUCGCGGACGUUGAAGAGUUCGAAAGACAUCUACGGCAUGAUCACCCGAUCAGCUAUACGGCGGAGCAGCUUCCCGGCAUCCUCAGCCUGUCGCAAUUCACUCUUGACAAAUUCGCACCAUCCAGUUGCAUAUUCUGCGAUGAUUGGACAUUACCCAGAUUGCCGGAUAAACCUGUCACGAGCCCAGUAUACGCAACAGCCGAGCAAUUCAUGAAACAUCUAGGAAAGCAUCUCGUACAAUUAGCACUGUUCUCGCUUCCUGGAAUCGAACUCACUGAUGAAUCGGACGAUGAUCCAGAAGAGAUCAAAUCAGACGGGGCUUUCUCUCCCGUUGUAUAUGCGGAUCCGCUUCGACCGACCUAUACCAUGCGUGAAGCCAUACUUUCAAGUGUAGAGAUGCUCGAACUAGACGUGUAUCAGGCGGAGAUCGCAAUUAAAGACACCAAAGAAGGAACCAAAGAACACGCAUCAGCUGAGAAGCAAUCAAAGAAGGCUAAAAAGGCCAUCAAAAUUAGUAAUUGGAAAUUAGCGUUGCACGAUGUAGAACAGGACCUAAAGGGAGACAACGACGAACGAACGCAACGUGCACUCAUAGACAAGAAGAACGGACUCGAAGCAAAGUUAACGUUCAAGGACAAGCGGAAAUGA